AUGUCUUACAACAACGAUUCAUAUGGCUCAGGUGGUUACGGAGGUAACGGUGGCUACAACAACGGUGGCUACAACAACGGCGGAGGCUACGGUGGCAACCGUGGCUUCGGUGGUGGUCGUGGUGGCCGUGGUGGCUUCGGUGGUCGUGGCGGUCGUUACGACGAAAGAGUGGAAUUAAGCACCCCAGAAUGGGACUUGGACACCUUGCCAAAGUUCGAGAAGAACUUCUACGUUGAACAUCCAGAAGUCGCUGCUCGUUCCGACCAGGACGUUGCUGCUUUCAGAAAGGAACACGAAAUGAGCUGUCUCGGUAGCGACAUCCCCAAGCCAAUCACUGACUUCGACGAAGCUGGUUUCCCAGACUACGUGUUGAAGGAAGUUAAGGCUCAAGGUUUCCCAAAGCCAACUGCCAUCCAGUGUCAAGGUUGGCCAAUGGCUUUGAGUGGUAGAGACAUGAUUGGUAUUGCUGCCACUGGUUCUGGUAAGACCUUGUCUUACUGUUUGCCAGCCAUCGUCCACAUUAACGCUCAGCCUUUGUUGAGCCCUGGUGAUGGUCCUGUUGUGUUGGUUUUGGCUCCAACUAGAGAAUUGGCUGUUCAAAUUCAACAAGAAUGCUCCAAGUUUGGAUCUUCUUCCAGAAUUAGAAACACCUGUGUCUACGGUGGUGCUCCAAAGGGUCAACAAAUCAGAGACUUGGCCAGAGGUGUCGAAAUCGUCAUUGCUACCCCAGGUAGAUUGAUCGACAUGUUGGAAAUCGGUAAGACCAACUUGAAGAGAGUCACUUACUUGGUUUUGGAUGAAGCCGACAGAAUGUUGGAUAUGGGUUUUGAACCUCAAAUCAGAAAGAUUGUUGACCAAAUUAGACCAGACCGUCAAACCUUGAUGUGGUCUGCUACUUGGCCAAAGGAAGUCCAAGCUUUGACCAGAGACUACUUGCAAGACCCUAUCCAGGUCACCAUUGGUUCUUUGGAAUUGGCUGCUUCCCACACUAUCACUCAACUCGUUGAGGUUGUCACUGAAUACGAGAAGCGUGACAGAUUAGUCAAGCACUUGGAAACUGCCACUGCUGACAAGGACUCCAAGGUUUUGAUUUUCUCUUCUACCAAGAGAAACUGUGACGAAAUCACUAGUUACUUGAGAGCCGACGGAUGGCCUGCAUUGGCAAUUCACGGUGACAAGCAGCAAAGUGAAAGAGACUGGGUCUUGAAGGAGUUCAAGAGCGGAAAGUCUCCUAUCAUGGUGGCAACUGAUGUUGCUGCCAGAGGUAUUGACGUCAAGGGUAUUUCCCACGUUAUCAACUUCGACAUGCCAGGCAACAUCGAAGAUUACGUCCACAGAAUUGGUAGAACCGGUAGAGGUGGUGCCACUGGUACUGCUGUUUCUUUCUUCACCGACGGUAACUCCAAGUUGGGAGGUGACUUGUGCAGAAUCAUGAGAGAAGCCAAGCAGACCAUUCCCCCAGAAUUGCAAAGAUUCGACAGAAGAAGCUACGGCAGUCACAUCAGAUACGGUGGUGGCCGUGGUGGCCGUGGCCGUGGAGGCUUCAGAGGUGGCCGUGGCCGUGGAGGCUACGGUGGAGGCAACUACAGAUCGGGCUCCAACGAUGCUCCUCUUGCCAACCGUCGUUUCUAA